CUCAUUAAAGUUACCAGAGCAUGGUAGAAAUGGAUGAAUCACUAUUCGUCAUGCGUAAAGACAGUGUUGGUGGGAUACUGAAACAAUAGUAGGUACAAAUGGAAUUUUCAAAGAAACUGCUUUACUAAUAGGCAGCAUUGGUCCUGGGACACUGUGUCCAAUAAGUGGCGAACAUACAUCGAAUAGAAAUUACUACCAUCAAAAUGUCAACCACAGCCAAAACUUCAUUCGGACUUUGUUACGUACAUACGGUUGAGCAAAUAUGGAGUGGCUAAGUCUAGCUUUCGACAUCGUUUCGAUAACCAUUCCCAAUUAUUGAACAGUUACUUGUGGUAAUUUAUGUGCGCAAACGACUUCCUCAAUCUGCAAACUAUGGAGUGUAGAGAAGGAGUAACAUCUCUUACGGACGGUACGUUUAAAAUAUGGUCUGAAUUCUGUAGGGAUAAUACGUGGCGCUGAUUGUACUAUGGGAUUGAGAUCUGAAGUUAAACACUUACUAUAUCUGAAACUAGCUUCAGAUUCUAUAAACUAACGAAAACAGAAUAUUAUGUAGGUGGUGAAAAGAAUUAAACAACGUUUAAAAUAUUAAAAAAAUAGUAAAAAAAGAAUAGAAAAAAUCAUGGUGAAAACUUGUAUUUAUGGAUGUAUAAGUGGUUCUUUAAAAAAUCGUGGAAUUCGUUCAUCUCAAAAUAUAAAACAAGCAAGUCUCUUUGGAAUACCAAAGAAAUGAAGAUAUCAGGGUAGCAAUUUUACAAAUAGUGAAAGUUGUUAGAGCAACGGAUGAUAAGUUAGAAAGGCAUGAAUUUCGUGACAGGGCCGUUAGUGAACAAUUGAAAAAAGGUUUGAUCAACAUCGAUAGAAAAAUCAAAAUGUUGGAUCCACUUAAAGGGACAGUUGGUAGAUUAGAUGAAAGACUCGCCGCUGUCGAAACUAUACUCAUGCAGAAAAAUGAAGGGGAGAAAAUGCAAUUGCAAAGAACAUAUGAAGCUGUUAUUGACAUACAAAAAAAUUUACCAGUUUUAUUGGAAGAAAUGAAAAAUGAGAUAAUAUCUAAGAUUACAGCACACGAACCACCAGCUCAAAUCACGGAACCAACUAUAACAAAAAAAGAUUUUGAAAAACUAGAAAAAGAAUUCAUAAACAAAAUUGAUAAAGUUAGUAAUAUCAUAGGAAACAUAGAAACCGAACUUCCCAAAUUAAAAGAAGAUUCGAAACACGUAAAAGACAUUCACGAUAAAUCUUCAGAUAAUCUCGAAAAAUUAAAAAAACAUAUUGACGAUAAUCAACAGCUAUUGACGAAGUUCGACAAGAAAUUAUCAGAGUAUAAUAAUAAAAUUCCGAACAUUUCAAGUGAUAAAGGACAGGAUGAAUUGAAGCAGACCAUUGCAAAAGUUUUGGAUAGUCAAAAAUCUACGACGAAGGAUAUACAGGAGGAUAUAAAGAACUUACAGAAUCAAGUUAAACAAUUACCACAAAAAGAUGAUAUCACCAGGAGCCAAAGUAGUAUUUUGAAUAAAUUAACAAAUGGAACUAAUUACCACGUUCCCUCAUUAGAAAAAGAUAUAAGCAAAAUUUUAGUUGUGGUAAACAAAAGUCACAAUGAUACUGUUAAAAAUACAAAUGUUUUAAUAACAGUUACAGAUACCUUGAGGAAAGGCUUUGCUAAUGCGAAUAAUGCUUUGGAUAACCAGAAUAAACACUUGAAUGAAGUUUUGCAAAAUAUAAAAGCUUUACACAAUCAAAUAAGCAAACUUCCUCAAAAAGAUGCAGAGGUUAAAAGUCUACGUCAUUUAGAAGAUAUUUUGAAUCAUACCAGAGAAAAUCAGGAAAACACGCGUCAAAUUUUAAAUAAUAUCGAUACAAGUCACAGGGAAACUAACCAAAAUAUUAAUGGUUUGUCAGAAAUUACAAAUGUUGCAAUGAAGAGUUUAGCUAAUGUUAAUAAUGCUAUCGAUAAUGAGAAAAUUACUACAAAUGAAAUUCUGCAAGAUUUACGAAAGUUAGAAAACAAAUUUGUCCAACCAGAAAAUCAAUCAUCAGUAUUAAUAAAAUUGGAAGAAAUACUCAAUAAUAUUCGUAAUAAUCCUUCAUGGAAUGAAAUGAAACAAGCUUUAAAUAAAAUUAACGACAAUCUUAAUAAUGGUCAAGAUAACAUUGUUAGAAAUAUCAAUGGUGUCACAGAAGUAGCAGCUACUUUAAUAACAAGUGUUUCAAAUACAAAUAACGCUAUUGAACAAAUCUCGCGAAAUAUGACGAGAUUAUUAAAUGAAAUUAAUCAAGUAGCAACCGAAGGACCAUGUGGUUCUAAAAACAACAUAUCAUCUUUGAAAGAUCUUCAUAAUAUUCUAGUUGAAAUUACCAAUAAUAUUGCUAGAAAUCAUGGUGAUACUACAAGUAAUCUACGUAAUUUGGCAGAUAUGGCCUCUAAUUUGAUUAACAAUAUGGCAACAAACUACACUUUGGAUAACCAGAACAAGAUCGUUAAUGAAGUUUUACAACACGUGCAAGUCCUGCAAAAUAAAAUAAACCAACUUCCUCAAAAAGACGCGGAACUUAAAAGUAUAAAUAGUUUAGAAGACAUUUUGAAUCAUACUCAAGAAAAUCAUAGGGAAAUAAGUCUAAUUUUAAGUAAUAUUAAUGAUACUAAACAAUAUUUUAACGGUUUGUCAGAAAUAGCAAAUGAUUUAGCGAAGAGUUUAGCUAAAGCUAAUAAUGUACUCAACAAUCAAAAAACUACAACGGAUGAAAUUUUGCAAGUUUUUCGAAAACUGCAAAAUUACGAUAAUCAAUCAAAUGUAUUAGGAAAAUUAGAAGAAAUACUGAAAAGCGUCUAUAAUAACCCGUCAGUAAAAGAAAUGAAAGAAGCUUUAGAUAAAGUGAACAAUAAUCUUAAUAUUAGUCAAGAUAACAUUAUUAGAAAUAUAAAUGGUUUCACAGAAGUAGCAGCUACUUUAAUAACCAGUGUUUCAGAUAAAAAUAAUAGUUGCAAUGGACAAAAAUCAGAUGUCAAAGAAAUUCAACAAAAUAUUAAGUAUCUGGAAGAGAAAAUCGAUGAAUUACCACACAAACAUGAUAUCAACAAAACCCAAAAAAAAACUUUACAGGAAUUAGAAAAUUUAUCAAACAAAAUAUCCAGUUGCCAAAGCGAUGGAGUCAAAAACAUUUUAGAGGAAAUAAAUAAAACCAUCAACAGAACUCACGCAGAUGCAAUUGAGAAACUAAACGAUUUGUCAGAAAUAACAAGUACUUUAGGAAAUAGUUUUGCAAAUAAUUAUGAUAAAAUACGUGCUGAAAUACAAAAUCUUUCUGGAUUAGAUCAAAUAAUAAUCAAAACUGCUGAUACUGUAAUAGAUACGAAACGUCGAGUAGAAUUUGCCGUACAUAACAUCGUAGCAGAAAUGACAAAACAUUCUAAAGAAGAUGUCAAACAUAUUAGUCAAUCAAUAAACGACAGAUUAGAUAUUUUCGAACAAUCCAUAUUAGAUGAAGAUUCUGGAGCAUUAGCAAAUGUAACAUCGAAGAUUGAAUCUGAUAUACAACAAGUUUGGAGGCAAAUAGGUAUUAUGUAUCAACAAAUGAGUAGUAACUCAGAAGCCUUGGAACAUUUGCAGAAUCAGACUGAUUUGUACGUCAAUGGAUCUCUUGGAACAAUGAACAACGUUAAAGGAAAAGUUGGUCAAAUAACUAACAGAAUAAUAGAAGUUGAUGAAAACCUCAAUUACCUUUUAGGUAGAUUAUCUUUAGUAACACAAGAAUUUAACCGAAUCAAAACUGGUCUAACAUCAGCCUUGGAUCAAAUAAGAGGAAGUUUCCACGCCGUUCAAAGUAAGCUGAAUAAAGGUCCCGGACCUCAUCCAAUCGAAAGCGAAGAAGUGCCCUUGAAUUGAAUCUUUUAUGAGUGAAUAUUUAUUAUACUUUUCUAUAAAUGGAAAAUAUGUAUUUUAGAUUAAGUAGGAUUUAUUUCUUUUAUCUUUGCUUGAAUGUUUCGAAUAUCGUAAAUUAAUUUUUUCCUUGGACGUAAUCAAUAUCCAGUAUAAUAUCCAAUAUAAUUUUUUGAGAAUACUUAUAAUUAAAAAAUUUUCAACU